CUCAAAAGUGCAAAGACUGUAAUGUAUACGGGGUGUUAAUAUAAUUAUGACGCUAAAUAAUUACAAAAACAUGUUCUUCAUUGUAUUUACAUCGUUAUUAGGCCACGUUUUUGCGAGUGCAGCCGUAACAGAGAGCACUUUUAGAGACCAAUACUGCACGGACCCGAGGACUAUGAAAAAACACGCCGCGUAUUCAGAAUGGGCUGACGCGUACUCCUGUACACGACAUCGUUGCCAGCCUGGAGGAAGGAACCUCGCUAUUUAUACAGUCGGUUGCAAGCGAGUUGAAGCCCCGGAGUCAGCCAUCGAAUGCGAAGAAGUGGUGGAAGAUACCAACAUGCAGUUUCCUUAUUGUUGCACAAGACUUAGGUGCUUGGUUGUGGUGCGAGGAGAAGUGUGGACCAGAGUGCUGGGCCAGCCGUGGGAGACGCUGCCAGCAGCACCGUGGAGUCAUAUGUACAAAAUGAAGAAACCGCCUCCAGGAGACACGUCAUUUUUGCCCAAGAUCCCAGACGAAGGUCCAGUGUACGAGCUGCAGACGGAUACAGAAGGUGAAAAGGAGAAAGUGCUGCGCUCUACAAAGAUCGCACCCACACCAAGCCCGGACUGUAACGAAGUAAAGCCUAGAUCCGAACUUAGAUCGGUGCCUGCGCCAGACAUAGUUAUAGCGUUAUCCACUGGCAUCGAGAACAAAGACCACACCAAGAAAAGCGGAAACGAUUUUACUGGCUCUAACUUCGGGAGUUCAAAUACAAGACAAAAACGGGGAAAAAAACACGCGCCAAGAAGCAGAAUCUUUGAAGAGGAUGCUGCCAUGGAUCCUGCUACUCAGCCUGAAGAUCAGGAUGAAUCUACUCCGGACAGACCGCAAGCCCAGGAGACGGGAUCAGAUGAAAAAUACUACUCCAAUGCGGCCAGUGUGACACAGAGGGCUCAACUACCUAGUAAGUCACAAGUGGCGUGGACGGAGAUACCGCAAAACCAGUGGAACGAACACGAGCCCAGCGUAGACGUUGAAGCGGCUCCCAAAAUCAUGUCCCUUCAGGACUCCAUCGGUUCGUACAACACGCCAGAACCGGCGGAGAGGGAACCGGAGAAGAAAGGGGAAAAGGCUGGAAAUUUGCAGGCACUGGUCGACGCCAUCGGCACCAGAAUGAGGGACAUAGAGUCCGUCGUGCAGAGAAUGAGCGAGAAGGUGCACCAAGCAAAGACUUCAAAGGACCCUGAGGCCAGCGGUGAAAAAAGAGAAUUAACUGAAAACGAAGCCAACAAACAUCGCGAACUCAAAGACCGUAAGGCGAAGAAAACCAAUCCCGACAAUGAACACUAUAAGAGAUCACUUCACGUCUCUUCCACAAUAGGCGGCUUUUAG